AUGGAGGAUAGUAUGAGUCGUUUGCUUAUGCAAUCAACUUUAAUGGGGACUAUCGUUACAACAAUUGGUAAUCAUUUGUUGAAACUACAAUCUAAUUCACGUUUGCUUGAAAAGUUGCUAUGUUUUCUGUUCAAAAAUAAUAAUUUGGAAAGUGCUCAAAAUGUAUCGGUCACGGAAUUGUUAAACCAAAAGUUCACUGUUGAUUCAGUUCAAAGUGCUGGUGAAUUGUAUGUCUCACAAAAAAGCAGUGACCUAGCAAAAUGGCUAGAGUUAACUGUCAUCCGUAGUCUUGAACAGUUUGAAUCCACAAAACGUGAAUCGGUGUGUUACAAGAGGACUAGCACUACUGUUCCACUUGAUAAGCAACUGUCUCAUAUAAGAAGUUUUCUUGAAAUCAGCAGGAAAAGAAAACAUCUGUUUAAUCUUUCUUCUGAGCUUCAAAACUUAAAACGCAUUCAACUACAAAAAUGUAAUGUGUCAAGAGAUUUUUUAAAUGCUGAACUUCAAUUAUUAACGCUACAGACAAAGGUCCACUACAUGAAGCACCGUAUCGAGAAGUUAAAGUUGGACGUAGAAUGUAACAAAACAAACCUUUUUGAAUAUGAAUCACUAGGCACAGAAAUAGUGAAUAUUGAAAGUCUUUUGAGAAAGAAACGGGAAACGAUUCGCCGUUUGCAUGAAGAAAAUGAAAAGCUGUUAGAUAACCUCCCUUUAUUAUGUCGUGAGACGAAACAAAUUAAGCAACAACUAUCGUGUCAGAUAAUUGAUACACAUAAAGUGGCGCAUGAACUAACAAGCAACAAUCUACUGCAGGAUUUUAAUGAAAGGAUUCAAGAUAUUUCAUUCGACAGAAGAACAUUUACCAGUGGUAAUACUUACGUCGACACUCUACAUGCUGACAGUCUAUACAUAAAUUGCUGUAAUUUAUAUUCUCUUGAUCCUAAUCUUAAGAUUCCAGAUGUCCUGCUGAAAUGUAUUCUAACACAAAUCAAAGAAAGCUGGCUAGCUGAGAAUAGUUUAAAAUUGUUACACUAUCUUUUGAUGAAUUUAAACAAAGAAAUUCUCAUUAGUGAAAAACUGCAAAACUACGACGUGACGUUUAAGGCUAAAGAGCUAAAACAUUUACUUCCUUGUGUUACAAAUUUGAAAGAAUUAUCGGAAGAAAUAAAACAGCGCAUGUCAGUAUGCAAUGAAUUACUGUCCGACUGGAGAGAAAUACCGAUUCGUCGAAUGUUGCUAUAA